CGCCCGUGGCGGCGGGGCGGUGAGGCGCGGGCCAUGCUGGCGCUGCGGACGGCGCUGGGCCGCUGCCUGGCGGCGGCCCGGGACGUGGCCGGCGGCGGCGCGGCGGCCUGGGAGCUCGUCCGCGGCGGCACGGCUUCCAGUCCCUUUAUUCAGAGAGCCAGAUGUUACGCCAGGCCUGUAAGAAGAAAAAAGAAAGACUUCCCCAGUCAUUUAGAUGACCUUCCUCCAACAAUGCUGAAGAAAGAUUACACCAAUGUAACAAUAAUAAAUAGUGUUGACGAUGUAGUGAAAAGAUUAUUGUCGCUGGAAAUGGCAAACCAGAAGGAGAAGAUGAAGAUAAAGACUCAGCAGCUAGUGGAGAAGGUCAGGAGGUCUCCCAACGACAAUGGCUCCUUUGAGGUGCAAAUUGCUAUGUUGACUGCCAAGAUUCGCACUUACGAGGAACAUCUUCAGAAGCAUCCCAAGGAUAAAAAUAACCGUCGUCGCAUGCUGAUGGAUAUGGAUCGCCGGAAGAAACUCCUUGCAUAUCUUCGUCGUGUCCGCUAUGACGUCUUUGAAAACACUUGCAAGCAGUUGAAUAUCCAGUAUACUUUGCCCCCUGCCUACUCCAGAAGGAUCACCAAGCGCUGGCUCAUUAAGAAGGCUUUCUGCCUCAAGGUUUUUAAGGAGGCGCAGAAGCUGAAAGCACCGGAGAGACUAAAGCAGAGACAGGAGUGGCGAGAAAGAGCAAGAGCCAGAGCUGAAAAGGAGAAACAGGUGCAGCAAAGCGAGGGGACCCCUGUGUAGCAGCAGGCCAAGAAGAUCCUGUUCUGUCUGCAUGUGCAGAGCCAGUCACUUUAAAAAUAAACAGACUAAAGGCACUG